AUGCGCUCACUUUUAGGACUUGUGGCUGUGGUUACUGCAGCCAGCAUCUAUCUGUAUUCAUUGUCCCAGUAUCUUCCUCCUGGACCUCCACGCCGUCACCCUGAAGUCAAAAAUGUGGAGACAGAUCAGCCCCUACAACCGGCGGAAGAAGCGAACAGGUUAAAGUUCCCCUCUGACCUGGAGGAGCUGAGGGAGCUGGCUGAGCUUCUGCAGUACUAUAAGACAGAGCACACAGGAUAUGUCCUGCUGCUAUUCUGCAGUGCAUAUCUCUACAAACAGUCCUUUGCCAUUCCUGGGUCCUCAUUCCUGAACAUUCUUGCGGGAGCUAUAUUUGGACUCCAUGAAGGCCUGUUUCUCGCCUGUCUGCUCACUACUGUGGGAUCCACUCUGUGCUACCUUCUUUCCCAAGCAUUUGGGAAAAGACAUAUUGUCAACUUUUUUCCUGACAAAGUGUCCUCACUGCAAAAGAAGGUGGAGGAAAAUGAGGAUUGCUUGUUUUUCUUUUUACUUUUCCUGAGGUUCUUUCCAAUGACGCCCAAUUGGUUCCUGAACAUGUCUGCUCCCAUUGUAAACAUACCCAUCACAUUCUUCUUUGGCUCUGUCCUCAUUGGUCUCCUGCCCUAUAACUUCAUCUGUGUUCAAACGGGGGUCAUGCUGUCGGAGCUCACGUCCCUCGAUGGCUUGUUUUCCUGGGAUCGUCUGCUGCAGCUGUUGGCCAUUGCCUGUGUGGCCCUGCUUCCUGGUGCACUCAUCCGCCACCUCAGCCAGAGGAGACUCAAACUGGAUUUCCCGACACACAAUGGAAUAGUGGAUAAAAAAAUCCAGGCUGCUCAGCAAUACAGUUCACUCACAACUCAUAACAACAGUGCGGCCUUCACCGGAAAGGCAGCCAUCGCAACAGUACAUUUCCGGCAAAACCACCACGAUUACAUUGAGGUGUUUAGGACCUUGAGACUCAAGCGAGAUAAAGGAUUUGACGGCUGUGACUAUUGA